CAGUAAACAGGAAGUAGAUUUUUCAGAGCGUUGAGUUGAAGAAGGCGGGGGAUUCCUGAGAGACGCACUCAUCUCCCGCCUUUGCUGCUGCUCUCCGUCCUUCUCCACUUUCUCCUCCCAGCCCAAAGGAACUCUGCCCGGGGCUGCUGGCUCUGAGCGCCGAACCAUGGCCGAAUACUCCUAUGUGAAGUCCACCAAACUAGUGCUCAAGGGAACUAAAGCCAAGAGCAAAAAAAAGAAGAGCAAAGAUAAGAAGAGAAAACGAGAAGAAGAUGAGGAGACCCAACUUGAUAUUGUGGGAAUCUGGUGGACUGUAUCCAACUUUGGGGAGAUUUCAGGAACCAUUGCCAUUGAGAUGGAUAAAGGAGCAUAUAUCCAUGCACUGGACAAUGGCCUUUUUACACUGGGAGCGCCGCAUAGAGAAGUUGAUGAGGGCCCCAGUCCUCCAGAGCAAUUUACUGCUGUCAAACUGUCUGAUUCCAGGAUUGCCCUGAAAUCUGGCUAUGGAAAAUAUCUUGGUAUAAAUUCAGAUGGACUUGUUGUUGGGCGGUCGGAUGCAAUUGGGCCAAGAGAACAAUGGGAACCAGUGUUUCAAGAUGGGAAAAUGGCUUUAUUGGCCUCAAAUAGCUGCUUUAUUAGAUGUAAUGAGGCAGGUGAUAUAGAAGCAAAGAAUAAAACAGCAGGAGAAGAAGAAAUGAUAAAGAUUAGAUCCUGUGCUGAAAGAGAAACCAAGAAGAAAGAUGACAUCCCAGAAGAGGACAAAGGAAAUGUGAAGCAGUGUGAAAUCAACUAUGUAAAGAAAUUUCAGAGCUUCCAAGACCACAAACUCAAAGUAAGCAAAGAAGAUAGUAAAAUUCUUAAAAAGGCUCGGAAAGAUGGGUUUUUGCAUGAGACUCUUCUGGACAGGAGAGCCAAAUUGAAAGCUGACCGAUACUGCAAGUGACAGAGACGUUUUUGUGGUGCUUUCAUUUUUGUUUUUUUUUGGGGGGGGGUUGUUUGUUUUUGUCCUGAAUAAAAAUAUUCAGUAUAA